AGGAGACACCCCGGCGGUGCGCGGCGGUGCCCGGCUGGGCAGCUGGUGCCGGUGUGUCGGUGCGGGGGGUGCGCGGCGGUCCCACGCCCCGCGGACUGGCCCCGGCCCCGGCCCCGGCCCCCGACGGCUUCGCAGCGGCGGGCAGCGGGCGCCCUCCCGGCCGCAGGGCCAUGUUCUACUUCCACUGCCCCCCGCAGCUAGAGGGCGCGGCCCCCUUCGGAGGCCACUCCGCCGGCGACUUUGACGACGGGUUUCUGCGAAGGAAGCAGCGCCGCAACCGCACCACCUUCACCCUGCAGCAGCUCGAGGCACUGGAAGCCGUUUUUGCUCAAACCCACUACCCCGAUGUGUUCACUAGGGAAGAGCUGGCCAUGAAAAUCAACCUCACGGAAGCCAGGGUACAGGUGUGGUUCCAAAAUCGAAGAGCUAAAUGGAGGAAAACAGAGAGGGGUGCUUCUGACCAAGAGGGCUCUAAGGAAACAAUGGCUGAGGUGGCACCUCCUGCGAGGAAUUUAAAUUCCCCUUCUCCAGCAGAUCAAGCCAGGAAUAAAAAAGAGGGUCUGGAGGUCCAGCAGAGCCUGAGUCGAGCAGUGGGUCCUACAGGACCUUUCUUCCCCUCCUGCCUCCCAGGGACUCUUCUCAACACAGCCACCUAUGCACAAGCUUUAUCUCACGUCGCUUCUCUAAAAGGGAGCCCGCUGUGCUCGUGCUGCGUUCCAGACCCCAUGGGCCUCUCCUUCCUGCCCACCUACGGCUGCCAAAGCAACCGCACCGCCAGCGUGGCCGCGCUGCGCAUGAAGGCCCGGGAGCACUCGGAGGCCGUGCUGCAGUCCGCCAACCUCCUGCCCGCCGCCAGCAGCAGCCCCACUCCUCCCGCCAAAGCCGGCCUGGAGGGCGGCCAGGACAAGCAGCCCCCCCCAGCCAAGGAGCACAUGGAAGGGGAGAAGAGUGUAUGAGACCGGCCUGGCACAGGCCCCUCAGCUCAGGGCAGGGACCUGCCACAGGGAACUGCAGCGUGGCCGUGCCCCGGCAGGACAUCACGGGCCGGCAGGACAUCACGGGGCUGCCAGGGACCCGGCAAGUCUGAGCGGCCUCUCAGGCUGCCUUUCACGCACCCUUGCUUUUCUUGCGCUGCUGUAGGUUCAUUCCCCUGAUUUAUCGGCACUAUCUGUGUUUGGAAACGUUCGUGAAACUGUUUUUAGCUCUGCCUCUGCAUCCCAGAUAAAGCAAACCGCCCGGGAUCCUGGCUUGCUCCCGCACGUCUCAGCUUCCCGUCCCACAUGAGCUGGAGGGCUGGCAGCGGGGCAGCGCUUCCAGAAGUGAGGUCUGGGGCAGCAGAGGCAUCCAGGCGCCAUUUACCCCACUGUGCGCAGCAGAGGUGAAGGAACAUGCAGGUAUAUACCGAUUUGGCCUACUGUUUUCUGAUGGCAUUUGACUUCAAAUCUAUCCCAGGCAAGCCAGGUGUAAGAGGUAAGAGAAGCAGCAAACAGAACAAAAUUCUUCAUAAUUUUCCCCUUCUCCCUUCUUUUCCCCAAAAUGGAAACUUUCCACGGAGUAGGUUACCAGGAAUUUGCUGAGAUCAGUUUACCUGUGAAUAAAAUCCUUGCACUAGUCUCUAUGUGAACAUUAUUAGCCUGUUACUCUUGCUAUUCCCUGGGUUAGACGUAAGAGACAUGACUCCCGAGCAGCGUUCGUAGCUCCAAACGGUAAUGCUGGUAAUUAAUGGGGAGUGCAGUUGUGUCUAGAUCUGCACAAAUCUGGGAGUAACUCAGUACCAUUCUGUCGGAGAGACAGACUGGAAAACAAAAUAAUCCUGCAUUGCAAUACUGCAAAUAUGUCCUUGCAUGUUUUGUUUUUAAUAAAGAGGAAAUAAAGCUUGGAAGGAUAUUCCUUUAUGUCAUCCAAAAUCAGACUAUUCUAUUCACUGAAGGCUUGUUGUAAUGAAUCUAGAUGGGAAAAAUGUCUUAAUUAUUACAGAGUGAGCACAGUGCAAAGGAGAAAUUGAUGCCUCAGGAAAUACAGUCUUAUCUAGACCCAAAACUCACCUUUGCCCAAAAAGCAAAGCAGACAGAUCUGAUGCUGGAGCAGGCAUUUUAAUCUGGGUUGCCCUACAUUUUUUCACAUGGGAAAUGCACAUGCAGAUUUAAACUUAGUGACAAGGACUUGCUUUUCUCAGGUGUCUUUUCAGAUUCCUUAGGUUUGUCUGCAGGUGUCCCCGGAGGACAGAGUGAAAACACUUCUCUUGAGACUUGGCCAAGUAACAUGGAGACUAGUGGAAGGACUCCUGUCAGCUCUGAUCCUGCACAUUGUGCUGAGGACCUCCUGCAAUGUGCUGAGCACAUGCUUUUAUGUGGGGUUCUGUUUGGCUACUCACAGGAUCUGGGCUGGGGGAUGUCCUUGGAAAGGCAGUUCCAAGUGAGGUUGGCAGCAAAAAUGUCUCUCCCCCACCUAGGUGAUCUCAGACCAGGAAUUUCACAGAACCUGAGACUUCUCUGGGGCUCACAGGACCCUCCCGUACUCCCUGGUGUUGAGGUUCCUUUCCCUGAGGCAGGGCGCGGUGUCAGCACCCACUCAAAGGGUGGAAGCCCUGGUCUUCAGGGAGUAGCUUGACAGCACCUUGCACCUUCAUUGCUCCAGGAGCGAAGGGUACCAGGCAUUCCCCCACAGUGGCGUUUGCACCUUCUGGGCACAAGCCAACAGAGAGGGCAUUGUUGGGUCUGCCCUUGGAUCCAAGUACAAAUGAAAGUCUGACAGGGCCCACUUUCAUCAAAUGGAGUCAUUUUGCUUUACUUUUGCCACACCGUGUGUUUCUUUUGGCAACCGUGAACUGUCCUAAUGGCAGGGAGGAAGACGCAGUAGUCUGUGAUCGGCCUUUGUGUUCCAGCCUCAGGAGCUGCUCUGCUGAACUGUAGGUGGAGGUGGCUUCUUUGGCUGCAAGUUAUGGCUUAGUUUAAACAACAACGACAACCUUUUUCUUCCACCAAAACAAAAUCAAUUGCUGUAUGCUUUGUGAUGAGGAGAGAAUCACUGUUUUCUUAGUCAUCUUCCCAACCGUAAUUUAUUUGUGCGCCCCCUCUCUAAAAAAAAAAGACUAAAAAAAUAUUCCAUUCCAAAGAGGCAGGCCCAACUUCAUUUCAACAUAAUUACCUUGCAUUCAGUUGAACUUCAGCCCUUCUGUACACUAACUCUUCAAUCUAAUUGUUUGAUUAAACUCGUAUUUCCUCCAGAAAGGUACAUAAAUAAGUGAAUUGUUGAGCAAAUUAAGAAUACUUAACAGCAUUGCAUCUGAAAAGUAGUUACGCUGAUUAAAUUUUCUGUCCUUGAGGAUUUUCAGGAAAUUACUUUUGAUCAUCAAUAACACAAUUAAGUAAACUACACACACAUUAGCAUGAAUAAUUGAUAAGAAAUUAUGUAUUACCACGAAGCACUGAUUUAAUAAUUCAUGAUGCGACACUCUAGUGACUGUGCAAAACUAGUCUGCCUGAUGUUGCUGGAAAUGCUGCAAAUACAAACAAGUCCAUAGUUUUGUUGUACAAUAAAAAAAAGUA